AUGAGCACUUCUCGUGCAGAAUCCCAGCAACCUCAGUUCAACCGACGAAGGUCGAACACAGCCCAAUCUAUCCUGAGAUCUGUUCCUCCGCCAGUACCAUGCCCACCCUUGGAAAUCGGCGACACCGUUGUGCUUAAUUCAUGGGUACAUGAUCCAAGGGAUAACCAAAAUGUUACGUUUAAUCAUGCACGGUGGCCAGGCGUGACGGAGGGAGAGAUGAUUAGCGUAACUGCUAAUGGCGGGAACGAGUCUUUUUUCUUCAUUGUGCCGAAAGAUGAUGGUUCGAAUAAGCCUCAGUUGCAGAUUUCUGUACCCAAACCGCUUGCGGAAUCCUUCGGCGUGAGGAAUAACGGCGAGGUUACUCUAACCAAGGUUGAUAGGGAGUUGCAUUGUGCCGACUACGUGGAAUUCAUAUUCCAGGAUCAGUAUAUGGGACGAAAUGAAAUGUGGCGCCUUUGCGAGCAUCUCGCUGGACAGUGUGUUUACGCGGAUCAGGAAGUAUACUUCAUAGGGAGCGGAGUAGCUAGGAUACAAUGCAUUUUCGUGGACGGUAAAAAGGUAUCCGCCGCCUGCAUGACAUCUCGGACUAAAGCGAUAUACCGCUCUCUAUCAGCUAAAGUGACGAUCUUCAUCCAAGUCUGCCGAGAACUCUGGGAAUUCGCAGGAGACGGAGAACGCUAUAACGAGAAAAUUGUUCACUCGUUUCUCCCCUCGCUUUUCGCCAAAUGGAAGGAAGCUGGCACAAACCAUACCGUCACCAUUGCUCUCAUAUCUCGCGUGUAUUAUGACGAGUCCGAGAUUGACUACGCAGCGGGUCCUUUGCGACGAGACGACCGUGGCCAGUGGUACAAAGACUUCUACAAGGUCAUAACCGACCUGGAAGUCAUAUACGAGUGGAAGCCAACUCUUGUUAGCCUCAAGAAUUCAUUCUGGGAUUUCCAACGUGACAUCCUGCUCACCCAUCAUUACCACCGAGCACAUCUAGAAGGCAGCUCUGGGACAUCAGAACAAAUUCGCCUAGUGGGUCGUCUUUCUUACGCCCAUGACGGUCCGAUCCUCGAGGCGUUGAACCUCAGCUUGAAUCCCACGGAAACUCAUUACAUCGAUCGCUCUCUGCUUCUCACCGGGGCUGCGACCAUGCUCAUUACCCCAGGAACAGGCUAUUUUCGCGUUUCCAAGCACCUGCUACGACUGACUACUACUCGGAUGCUUGAUCAGGGAUUUGGUCUAGAUUUGAUUUGUCUCGGGAAGCCACCUCUUCAUUCAAGUCCUAUCUUCAGUUUUCAAGGCGUGCAGCCUGACUCAAAGGUUGCUGUCGCUGGUUCUCGUGAAAUGGAUCCUCUCUGGGGAGGGGAUGACGAUUCUUCACAUGAUGCGAGGACGAAGGCUACGUUUUGGUGGGAGCCUUUUUGGAUCUCAGUAUCUUUUUGGGAUAAGCAAAUGGACCUUCCGUUCCGCCAAGAUAGGUUUAUUGCUCGAGCCAAAAUGCACGAGAUACAGACGCUUGGACUUUUGGAACACGAUGUACUGUCCAGCAUUGAGGUACCGUACCUGAACGACGAUGCGGAACCAACUACCCGAGAAGACACUGCCAGUAGCGGCCCACCCCUCACACUUGAAGCUGCACACAAAUUUGACCACGAUAUAUUUACAGUUCAUGGUGAACCGCAACGGCCACCGGCAACCAAUUCUGUUACAUCUUCCGGAAGUGUGUCUUCGACACAUCGUAUGACAGCCGAAAAACGCCCUUCUCAUCUCCCUCCCAUUGAAGAGAGUCCCAGAAUCUACAUUACUGAACUACCACCAGAAGAUUCCCCGGAUCUGUCGUCGUCCGCUUUGUUUGGAAAAACCCGAACUUCAUCCCCAUCCCAGUCAUCGAUCCGUUCACUACGUUCCAAUCUAUCUACCUACUCUUCAAAGAGGAGCACGAAGAAAGAGAGCCCGUCACGCGAUUCAAUUUCAUCGAAACUCACGCCUUCAUGGUUGUUCAAGUCCUUUAGAAGUGGUGUUCGACGUCAACGUCACAUGCGGAUACCUGCGUCGUCGACACCUACUUUUUCCUCCUCCAUCUCCACAUCACCCAGUUCGAGUGUGGCGAUGAACCACGGACUGCAUGCACCUCAACCAAUGGCAAUCAAAGGCAGAGGGGCGGUUCGUCCGAGUUCGAACCGUGUAUUUGAAAGCGAGCCCCUACCCGCGGCGCGACCUUCAGUGCGACCCGCAGAUGGCUCCCCCAAAAGUGAUCUUCUUCCCUCCAUCAUGAAACAUCGCGGAACGACCAGCUCUAUGGCCGCCUCGUGGACCUCUUCGUCUCCCAGCUCUCGGGCUAACCCGUCCAAUCCCCAAAUGUCCGUCUCGUAUGUCCAAUCAUCCCUUGCGGCUCGAUGGCAGCACAUGUUCCCUCAACCUUCCUACAAACACGAGAUCAAAUGGAAGUCUAUCGUCACACCUGGAUGCUUACCUCUUUCCACGGAGAAUGCGUACGACGUGUUUUCGUACGACUUUGUUGUGGACCCCAUUGAAAUGCGCUCAUUCCUUGUAAAGCCUCCCGUGGUGAAGGGCAACGCAGAGGAUCGACGUCGUGCUUGGGCGCUUGUAGUUAUGCGAGGCAUGGUUGCCGUCCGACUGGCACAAGGGUUCCAAUUCGUGUUACAGAAGAAACGGAAGGGGCAGAAUGUCGAUGGAACAGAGGGUAAGGAGAGUGAGAAGGCGAAGGAGAGAUCCACUUUUCGACGCCAUCAGUCAUUUAUGGCUGAAGUUCUGAAGUCGACGGCUAAUCCGGUCUAUCUGAGUAUGAGCAACGAGAUUCACCGUAUCUCGUAUACUGGUGAGGCUAUUCAAGUGAGACGUUAUGUUCGGAGAAUGCCUGCUAGUCACCCUUUCAAGUAUGAGUGUUUGAUAUGGCCCAAGCUUGGUGUUGGUUAUACAGAACAAUCGACGACCUUUACCUCCCAUGGUCUGGAGAAUUAUCAUUGGAAUCGAUUGGAUAUGCUUGUCGCAGGAUACGAGCGCCACUUCAAUGAAUCUCUUCGCUAUUGGAGAACACGUUUUGUAGUGAUACCAACUGUAAAACCACCCACCGUCUCCGUUGGUCCUGCGGGCGAAACGUUGAACGACGAAGAGAUACGUAUUUUGGGGAUCGAAAAGCUCGCCGAGCAUUUCACCAAGGUGCGCUGGCAGCCACCUGAUGAAAAACAGACGCCCCCUCCAGUUCGAUUCCUGCCAACGACGCUCUCACCGGCAGCUUCGGUCCUCGACAACGCGCUGAUGGACCAGUUGGAUCAAAUCCAUGCUGCCGGUCCUCUCCGCAAGAAGAUGAAAAGCGAGAGAGAGAUUGGUGAUAUGUCGCUAGCCUUGAUUGCCAAGGCCAUGCGAGAAGAAGACGGUGUUCCCAUCAAGCAUCAUCAGUGGCAUCGAUCUCGCUAUCCAGAUUCAUUCACAGGCUUCGAUUUCGUCUCUUGGCUCUGCCGUGAAUUCCGGGAUGUCUCGUCUCGAGCUCAAGGAACAGAAUGGGGCAUAAAGCUCCAGGAACAGGGGUUGUUCGAGCACGUCCGUGGGUAUCAUAACUUUUUGGAUGGUCAUUACUUCUACCGUCUAGUGGGUGAAUACGCCAUACCCUCCACCCCACGUUCGUGGUUUGCCCCCCGGCUGGAAGCGACCAACUUCCGUCCCAGUAUCUACCCUUCUAGUGUGGCCAGACCCAGGCAUGUUCGACAAGCCAGGAGGAGGUUAAUUCUGAGUCAAAGUAUGGUUAUCGAUAUUGACACCACCAAGCGGAGCGACCAAGCAGAGACAGUCGUUCUCCAUCAUGACAUCAUCCAUAACCCUGCCACGGUGUUCCAUUUCGAACUUCAGUGGAUUGGCACAACUGGCAGAUACAUCGAAGACCAGCUCCGACAAUGGAACAAGACCAUCGAGCGAUACGGACUGAAACUCGUAGAGGCGUAUGUGACCCAGAUAAGCAACAUUCGAGACCGAAAUGCGUUCCAGUCAUGUUUCCCAUUGCGCCUAGCCCUGCCGCCGCCGUCUGAAGUGCCCGAACUUCAGAGUCGUGUGGCGGAGGGCACUCACACCCCACAUCAUUUCGAGUAUGCACUUUUACGGAACUUUGGUUUCAUUCUGGACGUCGAAGCCUCCGAUCUCUACCCAGAGCAGGUCGACGUGGUGUACUCAUACCGAAGAUCGCCGUACAAAUAUUCGCAAUUCGUGCAUCGCUCUGGUGUUGCGUUUAUUCAAGUGCUGGGUGGUAAGGAUGGGUUCCUGUUUCUUACUAACAGGUUGAUGGGUCCCGGACGGAUGGGAACCGCGAUGAGAGGCAAGGAGAUGCGUCCAGCUGCGGCAGCGGAUGAUAUUAGAGUCAAACUGCACAACUUUUGCUCGGAUGAGGAGGCUCUGGAUAAGUUCUACGAUGCGGAGAUUGCUUUGCUUAAACGAGGACCAGAUGAUCCUCCUGAGCCUCCUCCGUUGAGCAUCUAGUUUUUCCAUUGCGACGCGUGGAUAACUCAUGGGACACCUGUCGACCCGGAGUAGAGUACGUUCAUUAGUGACAUUUACUACGAACUCCGACUUCAUCAACAGUCUGGUGUAGUAUCCAUGUCUGGGCUUCAGUCUGUCGACGAUCAAGUGAUCCGUCGGGGGUAACAAUGUGCUGCUACCCUUUUCCAAUCGUUUUGUGGGACCACCAGUCGCUUCCGCCUGUUGUCCUGGCAGAGUCACUCAUAGGGUACCACCGGACAGCUUCAAUUUGGUUG